AUGCCCUCUGCCGCCUGCACCCAGCUGGAGCCGUGGGCCCCCCAUGCGCCGCCCCCGCUGCCGCCCUCUAUGUUCUACGUGGGCUUGUUCUUCGUCAACCUGCUGAUUCUCUACUACGCUUUCCUGCUGGAGUACAUCGCCCUCAACGUCGGCAUCGUCUUCCUGCCCGAGGACAUGGACCAGGCCCUGGUGGAUCUCGGGGUGGUCUCCGACCCGGCUCUGGGACUCUACGAGCUGGACAGCGAGGUGGAAGUGCUGGACGGCUACUGGGAAUAA